AUGGCAGCCAAAACCUUCAUUGUGACAGGAGCCUCGAGAGGUAUCGGUCUUGCUGUGUCCAAGUACCUGCUCACGGCACCUCAAUCUCACAAUGUGAUAGUGGUGGCCCGCAGCGUCGAGCCCCUCCAACGGCUUAAGGAGCAAUAUGGCAAGCAGGUGGAAGUCCUCAAUGGCGACCUGGCAGAUUUCUCCCUGGCCCAAAAGGCUGUCGACAUAGCCAUCAAGACCUUCGGUCAGCUCGAUGGAAUGGUCCUCAACCACGGCGUGCUAGGCCAAGUCGGCAAGGUCUCCGAGGCUGAUCCGCAACAGUGGAAAGAAGGCUUCGAUAUCAAUUUUAUCAGCUUAGUAGCAUUCGCCAAAGCGGCUCUCCCGGCUCUCCGUGAGUCCAAGGGGAGAAUCAUCUUCACUUCCUCUGGGGCUGCAGUCAAUGCUUACCGCGGUUGGGCUCUCUAUGCUGCCACCAAGGCGGCCAUGAAUAACUUCGCCAUGAGUCUGGGUGCUGAAGAACCUGAUGUGACCUCUGUCUCAAUCAGACCCGGUAUGGUCGACACCGAGAUGCAGCGUGCGCUUCGGGAGGACCAUGCUACAGCAUUGGAUGCCGAGAUGCACUCCAAGUUCACCGGAGUCCAUAAGGAUGGCAAGCUGCUCAAGCCUGAGCAGCCCGGUCAUGUCAUGGCCAAGCUGGUCAUCGAUGCACCGAAGGAACUCAGCGGUCGUUUCUACUCAUGGAACGACAAGGAUCUUCAAGCUUUCCAGGAAUAA